UUCCUGCUUCCCCCCCUCCCCCGCCGCGGAUCCUGGCCGCUGCUCUCCAAACCCAGGAUGCCGGGGGGCAAGAGAGGGCUGGUGGCUCCGCAGAACACAUUUUUGGAGAACAUCGUCAGGCGCUCCAGUGAAUCAAGUUUCUUACUGGGAAACGCCCAGAUUGUGGACUGGCCUGUAGUUUACAGUAAUGACGGUUUUUGUAAACUCUCUGGGUAUCAUCGAGCUGACGUCAUGCAGAAAAGCAGCACUUGCAGUUUUAUGUAUGGAGAACUGACCGACAAGAAGACCAUUGAGAAAGUCAGGCAGACUUUUGACAACUACGAGUCAAACUGUUUUGAAGUUCUUCUGUACAAAAAAAACCGCACCCCUGUUUGGUUUUACAUGCAAAUUGCACCGAUAAGAAACGAGCAUGAGAAAGUGGUCUUAUUCUUGUGUACGUUCAAGGAUAUCACGCUGUUCAAGCAGCCAAUAGAGGAUGACUCAACAAAAGGUUGGACAAAAUUUGCUCGAUUGACACGGGCUUUGACAAAUAGCCGAAGUGUUUUACAGCAGCUUACACCAAUGAACAAAACAGAGACAGUUCACAAACAUUCACGAUUAGCUGAAGUUCUUCAGCUGGGGUCAGACAUCCUUCCUCAGUACAAGCAAGAAGCGCCAAAGACGCCACCACACAUCAUUUUACACUACUGUGCUUUUAAAACUACUUGGGAUUGGGUGAUUUUAAUUCUUACCUUCUACACCGCCAUCAUGGUUCCUUACAAUGUUUCCUUCAAAACAAAGCAGAACAAUAUAGCCUGGCUGGUGCUGGACAGUGUGGUGGACGUUAUUUUUCUGGUUGACAUUGUUUUAAAUUUUCACACGACUUUUGUGGGGCCGGGUGGAGAGGUCAUUUCUGACCCAAAGCUCAUAAGGAUGAACUAUCUGAAAACAUGGUUUGUGAUUGAUCUGCUGUCCUGUUUACCUUAUGACAUCAUCAAUGCCUUUGAGAAUGUGGAUGAGGGAAUCAGCAGCCUCUUCAGUUCUUUAAAGGUGGUGCGCCUAUUACGCCUGGGCCGUGUUGCUAGGAAGUUGGACCACUACCUGGAGUAUGGAGCCGCAGUCCUUGUGCUCCUGGUGUGUGUGUUUGGAUUGGUUGCCCACUGGCUGGCCUGCAUCUGGUACAGCAUUGGAGACUAUGAAGUCAUUGAUGAAGUCACCAACACCAUUCAAAUAGACAGCUGGCUCUACCAGUUGGCCUUGAGCAUUGGGACUCCAUAUCGCUACAAUACCAGUGCAGGGAUCUGGGAAGGAGGACCCAGCAAGGAUUCCCUGUAUGUGUCCUCCCUCUACUUCACCAUGACGAGCCUUACAACUAUAGGAUUUGGAAACAUAGCUCCCACCACAGAUGUGGAGAAGAUGUUCUCAGUAGCCAUGAUGAUGGUUGGCUCUCUUCUUUAUGCAACUAUUUUUGGAAAUGUUACCACAAUUUUCCAGCAAAUGUAUGCCAACACCAACCGUUACCACGAGAUGCUGAACAAUGUUCGAGAUUUUCUGAAAUUAUAUCAGGUCCCAAAAGGCCUUAGUGAACGAGUCAUGGAUUAUAUUGUGUCAACAUGGUCAAUGUCAAAAGGCAUCGACACGGAGAAGGUCCUCUCCAUCUGUCCCAAGGACAUGAGAGCUGACAUCUGUGUUCACCUGAACAGGAAGGUUUUUAAUGAACAUCCUGCAUUCCGAUUGGCCAGCGAUGGGUGUCUGCGUGCUUUGGCAGUGGAGUUCCAAACCAUUCACUGUGCUCCUGGGGACCUGAUUUACCAUGCUGGAGAAAGUGUGGAUGCCCUUUGCUUUGUGGUGUCAGGGUCCUUGGAAGUGAUCCAGGAUGACGAGGUGGUGGCUAUUUUAGGGAAAGGUGAUGUAUUUGGAGACAUCUUCUGGAAGGAAACCACCCUUGCUCAUGCUUGUGCCAAUGUCCGGGCCCUGACUUACUGUGACCUGCAUAUCAUCAAGCGAGAAGCCUUGCUCAAGGUUCUUGACUUCUAUACAGCAUUUGCAAACUCGUUUUCAAGGAACCUCACUCUCACUUGCAAUCUAAGGAAGCGGAUCAUCUUCCGUAAAAUUAGUGACGUGAAGAAGGAGGAGGAAGAGCGACUGCGGCAGAAGAACGAGGUGACUCUCAGCAUCCCUGUGGACCACCCAGUUAGGAAGCUCUUCCAGAAGUUCAAGCAGCAGAAGGAACUGAGGAACCAGGGCUCAGCGCAGAGCGACCCUGAGAGGAGCCAGCUUCAGGUAGAGAGCCGUCCUCUGCAGAACGGAGCCUCCAUCACAGGUACCAGUGUGGUCACCGUGUCGCAGAUUACCCCUAUACAGACAUCUCUGGCCUAUGUGAAAACCAGUGAGUCCCUUAAGCAGAACAACCGUGAUGCCAUGGAACUGAAGCCCAAUGGUGGCGCUGAGCAGAAAUGUCUCAAAGUCAACAGCCCCAUUAGAAUGAAAAAUGGAAAUGGGAAAGGGUGGCUGAGAUUGAAGAACAACAUGGGGCCUCACGAGGAGAAAAAGGAAGACUGGAACAAUGUCACCAAAGCUGAGUCGAUGGGGCUGUUGUCAGAGGACCCCAAAGGCAGUGACUCAGAGAACAGUGUGACCAAGAACCCAUUAAGGAAAACAGAUUCUUGUGACAGUGGGAUUACAAAAAGUGACCUUCGUUUGGAUAAAGCCGGUGAGGCCCGGAGUCCUCUAGAACACAGUCCAAUCCAGGCUGAUGCCAAGCACCCUUUUUACCCCAUCCCUGAGCAGGCCUUACAAACCACACUGCAGGAAGUGAAACACGAACUCAAGGAGGACAUCCAGCUGCUGAGUUGCAGAAUGACUGCCCUGGAAAAGCAGGUGGCAGAAAUUUUAAAACUACUCUCAGAGAAAAGUAUACCCCAGACCUCCUCUCCAAAACCCCAAAUGCCACUCCAAGUACCUCCCCAGAUACCAUGUCAGGAUAUUUUUAGUGUCUCAAGGCCCGAGUCACCUGAAUCUGACAAAGAUGAAAUCAACUUUUAAUAUAUACAUAUAUAUAUAUAUUUGUCAAUAUAUUUAAAAUGGUAUAUACAUCUAUAUACAUAUGUAUAUAUAUAUAGUAUAUACAUAUAUAUAUUUUCACUUGCUUUCAAUAUGAUGAACACUAUAUGGAUUUUGAUAUGUACAUACUGCAUGUCCAGCUGGAUUCUGGCCUGCCAAAGAUGAUUAUUCAAAACAUAGAUAAUGCUUGUAUAUUAUGCAGUUGACUGCAUGCACACUUUACAUUUGUUUAUAAUCUCUAUUCUGUAAUAAAAAAGUAUGAAUUUUGUUAACUAAGGCAAUGUAACCUUUGAAGAAUCAGGGUCCAACCUGCCAAUGUUGCCAUGACAAACUUGAUCUCAGGCUGAGUAUAUCGAGCUGUCAUUUCUUCACUAUUCUGUUUAGUUAAAAUUAUAGAUUAAUGUCAAGGGAGAGUUCAGCUUCUGAAGUCGUCAGACCAUUUUAUGAUCUCAUGCCAUAGGGUAUUUUUCUGUAACUUAGUGUUAGGUUCUUUUUCCCUACAGGCAAUGUUUGCUCCAUUGAAAUGACUGUGUUGUUGCCUACAUCUGAUGCCAGUGUCGGAUACCAAGAACUUUUUGCUAUGGGUUUUGUGCAUGAAUUGCAUUUCCACUCAAUGAUACCUCUCCUUUUUAGCAUUGUAUUAGAUAGUAAUCAUUAGCUCUUAUGUAAAGAAUUCCCUGCUCCCUCCGUCUUGGAGAACAACUAUCAUUUUGGGAGCUAACAUUAUCAACACCAUAAAUACUCAAUUGUUAAUAUAGUGUAUAUUAUUAUAGAAACAUUGCACCACAGGGUAUAAGAGCCUUUUAACAAUAUGUUAGAUAUGCUGAUUGUCCAAAGGCAAUGAAUAUUCUACAUUUAAAUCUCCAUAGAUUGUUCAAAGGGAGAUGUUGAAAGGCUCUUAGCAAAGAAACAUAUCAAAAUUUUAACUGUUAAUGAUACAAUUUUUUAAAAAGAACAUAAGCAAUUGGACAUGUUUUAAUUGCACAUCUGUGGCUUUAAAAGAAUGAAAUAUAGGUACAGAAAUACUGACAUGUGAUUUUUAUUGCUUGAAGAAGUAACACAAAAGUUGUGGUUAACUUAUAAAAUAACCAACCCAGAAGACAACAUUAAGUUGCUUUAUUCAGAUAACUGCUUUUCUGUGACUUUAUUAUGGGUACAAAUUUCCCUAAGUUUUGGCACACAGCUGCAUUGCUGGCAUUCUGUUGGGUUGAUGCAAUAGACCAUUAUGACUCAGUUAGAUCCACUCAAAAGACUUAUGGGGCUGAAUAUUGCAGUCUUUUGGGUAACAAUUCCUCUUCUGAAAAAGUGCCUAUUGUCAACCAAAAGAGAAGUCACAAAUGUUGCACUGUUUAUAUUUAGGCCCUCAGAUGAUAACUACUCAAAAAUGAAAUGCAUACCACUCUUGAGAACUCAUGGAAGCUGUUUCUUACGACUCCAGGGUGUUUUCUGGAGUUCUUCCUGGGAGUGUGCUUUUCAGUUGGUGCAGGCAUAAAAUUUAGUAUCAAGAGUCAGGAAGCUAGUGUUUGCAUUAACCAGAAAAUGUAUGCCAAUCACUUGUGUAUUGCUAGGCUACAAUAUACAUGCAUUAUAUAUGCCUUUAUAUGCAGGUGAAUAUAUAAAAGAUGGUGACAAAAUCAAGGAAAUAAUUUGCUCUUUUAUAUCCAAUUUUAUGUGUUUUCUAUUUCCCAGUAUCUCUAAAAUCAUAGAAAGAAGAGCUUUCACAGUCAUACUACAGAAGUGUAAAGAAGUAAUCCUUUUUAAAGUUCUUCCCAUGUUCCUAAGGUAUGCCCCUUUGUUCUAGGACUCUUGGAGUGUAUAUUAGCUACAGUGGGUUACUAUUGCUUUCCUUUCCAUUACUCAAAAUAGACAUUUCCAUGGCUGUAUAUCUCUAUGUUCUGCUAAGAUACAUACCUACCACAGGCAAAAGUAAAUGAAAUGAUAGAAUCAGCCUUAAAAUUCAGGUUUGGAGGGGCCUGUUUGUUUUAACUUUCAUACUGUGGAAGAUACCUUAUCCUUGACUUCUAAGAAUUAUUGGGUUUCAGAGUGUUUUCUUAUUUGUUUAAGUCAAGUGUGACAAAUACCUUUAAAGAUGAAUGGGUGAUCAAAAAAACAAGAGCAUGGAAAUCAUUGUUCUGACUUUAGCUACAUUCAAAACUAACAGCUGGUCUCAAGCAGUAAGAGGGUCACUUAUGCAAGAAACUGUUUUGAAGUGUAAUGCAUGCCUUUUCAUAUUAGGCUUCCAAACCUUUGCCAGGAUCUGACAUCGACUCAGACAGUUUUAGCUAACAACCAACAACAUUAGCCAUAAUGAGAUUUCUAUCUAAACACAUGGUCCCAUAGGUGGAAAAGAAGCAUAAUUGUUUUGAACUGCGCCAGGCCAUCGAUAGGAAGGGAAAGUAUCAAUUCCUUAUUUGUUUGGUGCAGUUCCCACAGUAUUCUUUUCCAGACCCCUGUCCUCUGUGUGCAUGACACGAUGUGGUGCUGAAUAUACCCUGCACAUAUUCAGCAAACAUUGUAUAUAGUUUUACGUUUCCAGAUUUUAAAAUUCUUCAUAGUAGAAUUUAGUCAGACUUUAACAAAGGGUGAAUGCUUCUUUGCACACAUGUGAUAAUGAUACAAUCACAUUCUGUGUAGCUUCAACCAGCACACAGACGGUGCAGGUUCAUUGCAGGACCAGAUGACUGCAUGUUUUAUUCCUACACUGUAUAGGUAUUCUUGGUGCAUCCAGAAAUUUUUUUAUUAUUAUACUUCGGGACAAUGUACUAAUAGGACUAAGUGGAUAUGUAUUUGAAAUGCAAACAUUUUGCAAAGCAACCUAUAUAUCUUUAAUUCUUAUGAUACUAUGAAUAUGUAAAGAUGAGACACUAUUCUGGGCAGGUGAUUGUGACAUAAUUGCAAAAGUUGAAUGCAAGCAGAAUUAUAAUCUUUACACCAGAUCAGGAAGGUUUGCUGACCUGUAUCAGGAUAAUGUUGCACUAAAUUUGAUUUGGUAGGCAAGAGCUUGCAAUAAAGGGCAAACAGAAACCCUAAACGUAGAAAACAACAUCAAAGCUCUCAGUGUCCCCCAUUUACAUGAGUGACUUUAAAAUAGUUCAGGAGUAAUGGUCAAAUUCACACCCAAACUUCAUUCUUUAAAGGAAACAUUUUACUAAAACCCUGGCUGCAUCUCAUAUUGUGUACAAGGCUACACAACAUCCUGAAUGUUAAGAAAAUUCCCUAUAACUUUUUAUAGGUCAGAUUACAGAGGACAUGAGAAUGUAAGGCUUUAAAUGGUUCCUAGAACAAAGACCUAGUCAGUGGUACCCAUUACUUUAAUAGAAAUGUUAAGUAUAACAGCAGACUAAAGUGAAAUUUUGAAAAGUAACCAAAUUGGAAUCCAAAUACAAGUCACAUUGAAUUUAAGGAGAUAUUGCUUAACUGUGAAGUUCCAGAAACCGUGGGAUUCUUUUGGAAAAAUCUGUCAACUUUUUGUUUGUUUAUUUUGUUGUUUUGUUUUAUAAGUUAGUCUGCAAGGAAGUGACUAAAAUUGUAAAAUUUUCCUUUAAAAUUUUUUGAGAUUAUAAUUUAAUUACAGUAUUUCCCCUUCUCUUUCUUCUCUCCAAACCCUUCCAUGUACCCUCCAUGCCUUCUCUCCUUAAAAUGCAUGGCCUCUCUUCUCACUAACUUAGUUAUUGCUGAAUUUUGUUACCCCGAAUCGUUUCUCUUUUUAAAGUCAUCUUCUGAGUCUGAGGAUGAGAUCUGAGGAUGACACAAUUUAUCUAGAGCUACCACACACAGACACAUCAAAAAUGAGUACUUUCUUAGGUGAGUGCUGUGCUUUGGUAUCUCUCUUGGAUGUGACUAUUACUCCUGGAAUUCUGUUGGGAAGGGGAAGAAGAAAGUAUGUUUAGAUUUCACACAUCAUUUGGUGCCAUGUAGGAUUCUGUUUCCAGCUCUGUCAAUCUAACAAAAUUUAGGUAGUCAGCUGUCAUUAGUGUGUUGUGUUUCUAUCUCAGUUUUCCAAAUAAUGAGUACCAAAACAAAGGCCUUAACUACUUCCAUGUUCUAUCAGGCUUUUCUUUCAUGGGAAAACCACAUAAACCCUUUGAAAGGCACUAAAACAUGCUCAUAGUGUUCUUAGUGACAGUGUUUUAAUUGAGAAAUUGAUGGGAUUGUUAUUGUUAGAAUUCAAAAAAGCAGUGUACAAUACCUAAACAUUUGAGUUUUGAUCCAAAGGCUCAUUUUGUUAGUGUUUUCUAAUUCUGCAAAGAAGCCUCUGUCCUCAGGGCUCCACAUAAAAUUGUUGUAUUUGCUGUGCUGGUUCAGGGUAAGACAAUAACAAGAGCACUAACCACAAAGGGAACUUUUUUCUUCAACAGAAGAACAUUUAUGUUUAAAUCUCUCACUGAAUUUUGCUAGGAUUCUCACCUAACUGCAAUUUAAAAAUGUGUUUCCAACUAUGAGUUUACUGAGAAUAUUUCAAAUACACAUAGUUACAAGCAUCAAAAAAUUAUUAGCUUUAAAUAUCUUUAAAAAUUAAGACUUAGAGUCAAAGGGGGUUAAGGGAUGGUCAGUCAUUGGCCCUGACUCUUUACUAUCUAGUGUAAUUCUCUAUUUAUUUGCUAAGGAUUAGUAAUAGUUAUGCUUUGGUCCACUGUAUUAGGCCUGUGGCAUUACAAUUAACAUGUGCUUUACAUACAGAUAAAUAUUUUCAAUCAGUUUGCGCUGAGUAGAAACUCAGGUGUGCAGCCUGGAUGCUUUAGCAGCUUACAUAAGAAAACCAUUAUGAUUGCAAAAUGACAACUAUUCCAUUUUAGAGUUGUUAACGAUUGCUUUAACAUUAUAGAAUAUCACCUUAUCCUGGACCAGGAAAACAAAGCAAGAGCUAAUAUUUAUCAGAGUCACACAAUCAGAACAAAAAUGUGGACCAAAGUGCUAAAUAAGUUACUAAUGCUAGGAUGUGUGCAUGUGUGGGAGUCCAGAUUGGGAUUUACAUAUCCAUGUUUGGGAACAAAAAGUGAUGCACAGUGGAGGCUGUGAUUUAGGUGUCUGUACAUUUUUAUCAUGGUCUUUGGCAUUGCUGAUGGGUACAUUCUAGUCAAUUCCAGUGAGUAUAUACACAUUAAAAAAUUGUUGCUUUGCUAUUGUGCAAGGUUUGGUUUACUUUUCCUUUUAUUUUUCUGUAAACCUACAUGCAGUCCUCUCAAUAAGUAGGUUUGUUAUGUCUAGGUUUGCUACUAAUUACAAAAGAAAAAAAAGGAAAACACCACCAAAAAACCCAACAAGUUCACAGAGAGCAAUAGCAGGACUAGUGAAGCAGAAGAAAAACAUUAAUACCCCUUUUCUAUAGUUAUAAUCUAUAUUCCUGACUGGCACACCCCCCUUGAAAGAUAAGAGGACAAUGUACAUGCAUCACAAAUCUUAAAGACUUUUUAAACAUUUAGAUAAUCUCAAUUACUAAACUUAGCUCAACUGUAGGAACUGAAUAAGAAAUAAAUUCAGAUACCUUUGUGCAGAGUAGAUUCUUCUUUACUAUUAUUUUUCCCAAGCAAAGAACUGACCCAUGAGCUGAUUUAAGUCCCCAUAAGUAAAUUGUGGAAAAUGCAGUUUUGGCAAGGAAAUUCCAGAGUUCCCCUUCUUUGAUGGGCUUCAUGUCCUUGAUUUCUGCAUCUCUCUAUUCUAAAGUUUAGAUCUUCAGUAAAGUAUUCUCAAAUUUUACUUAUUUUGAAAAAAUUAUCACCCAUAGUUCAGUAUUAACUAGGUGUUGUAGUCCUUUUUUGUUAGUCACUAUUCUUUUUUUUCUGUGCUAAAACAAAUUAAGUUUCCCUACAUUCAUAGGUUUAUUUUUUUAUCUCCUGGACUGGACUCAAAUUUUCUCAUUUAGAUCUAGAAUGAGACACUCAGAUGUUAAGUCAAUUAACUUUUAAAAAUUAAGACAAAAUGGUUUCUCCAAGUUUUAAAUACUUUAAACAGCAAAUUAAUUGGUUGAAUAGUGAUACUUAAUUAUUUUCAAAACAUUAAUGUGUUAAGCAGUACCCUUGUAAAUUAUGAUUAAUAGCUUUAUGUUUCAAAAUAUUUUAUGCUCAAUAGAUGCUUCUUAGUCAUCUGAGAAGGGACAUGACCAAAGGUCUUGAAACAGGAUGGAAUUCUCCCACACUAUCAUUUUAUCUUUUGUACUUCAAAAACACUCAGGAAGACACAUACACACACACACACACACACACACACAGAGAGAGAGAGAGAGAGAGAGAGAGAGAGAGAGAGAGAGAGAGAGAGAGAGAGACUGUGAGAGAGAGCAUUUCCAUGUUUAUCUUUAGUCUUUAGACUACUAAAAUUGAUUGAAUACUGAAGUUUGGCAUGUUUGUGAAUCUGGAUGAAGAGAGAAUAGGUUAUUCCAUGGGAGUAGAACAUGUGGUUGGCUCAGGAAUCAGAAUUUUUAAAGUACCACCCAUGUGUCAUAUAUCCUAAGAGUACUUGUACACUUUCUAACUUAAGAUUUUCUGUCUCUUGCUUCUUAAUACAAGGCUAUUUGAAUGCAUUGUGAGGGUCAGAACCACUGAGGGCUUGGACAGUAAAGCAGAGGCAUGCAGGCUAGCUGAGAUAAAUCAAAUCCCUGUGCUUCUUUCCCUUUAGAUAUAGGAGUAAGUGAGUGUCAAUUAGGCCCAUAUAUAUUGAGUAUUCACUGUACUAAUCAAUGUAUCCAAAUAAUCACAUUUAAUUCUGCAACACUCCUCUGAAGGAGAAGAUUAAGUAGGAUUGCAGUAGCCAAUUAAUAACCAAUAAAUCAGUAAAGGUGUUAUUCUAAUACAGGCAAUUGGACCUUAGAAAAAUGUCUUCCUGCAUUUCCCAGGACAUGUACAGUCAAAGAUUCUCCCAAUAAAAAUAAUUUAAAAACUAUAUCCUGAAAUGUAAAUGCUUGACAUUCCUAGUCGCCAGAGUAAAUGGCAGAUGCUGAUAAUUGUUGGGAGUAAAAUCUGCCAUGAUUUAAAAACUGAAUUCCCCUCCACUUCUCCCAACAGCUGACAGGCAACAGUGGGAUAAACUGGGAAAUGUAGUUAUAAGUAAGAGACAAAUGUAGCACAUCACAAGUGUGAAUAUUUCAUGUAGGCUAUCCAAGAUGAAUUUUCACCUAAGAAAGUGUAUAUAUGCUAAAGAAAGCAAUAAGUGUUCAAGAUUUUCUUUAUUUAAAAAUAUUUUCUGGACUCUUUGGGUUUUAAAUAGGGUUUUCAAGCCUUUUAAUUGAUUAUAUUGGUGAUUUUUCUUGCCAAACCACUAUUAAAUGCAUCUUCCAAAUGACCUAUUUCUGCUUAGAAUGGAGUCUUGUGUUCUCAUUCUCAAAUUUUAUGCUCUUGUGUGUGUGUGUAUGUGUGUAUUAACUUUUAAAGCCAAUAUAUAUAUAAAAUUUUAAAGCAAAUUAAUAUAUAUAUUUGCUUUAAAAUUAAUUUUCUCUAAUGAAAGGAGUUAACAUCUAAAAUGUGACUGAUUUUUUCUAGCUUUUGAAAUGUUUGAAGGUAGUGUCCUGAGAAAGCAAAACACAGAGAAGACAUCACCACCUCACUGUCCAGGAGUCUCAAUCCAAAUUACCUUGUGGAUGGCAGGAGGUAGAGGGGACUAUGACUAGCUUUAUGCCUAACUGGGAGGAACCCUGGGAGUCUAUCUGAAGCUUCUCACAGUUAGGUCACUUUCGUCUUUGGCAUUUUCAUGUAAAUGAGGUGCUAAAUGUUCACUGUUAACCUGUGCUAAUUGUGGCAUUUGGUUAAAGAACACUGCCAAAAUGCUACAGGGUAUUAGGAAGAAUACAGUUGCCUCUUCAAUGAUUCCUUCUCAUGUGGUAUCUUUAUAAAUCGUUUUUGCUUGGUUAAUUUUGAAAUCACAUUGUUACAAUCAUGGUUUUGAUUUUAAUGACACAUUAUGUGCUAGUUUUAAAACUUGUCGGUUAUUUGGGACUUUUAACAUGAGAGGAUUCUUUUCUACCUAAUUCCAAGUUUAUGAUUUUGGCUUCAACCCAGAAGUCCAAGUCCCUAAAGUACCUGGGUAGUUGGUUUGCACCUUGAUCAGAUGAUUUCCAGAGGAUGCAUUUAUGCAGAAUCACCGGCUAAUGAAGAAUUAGCACAGACAAGGUCAAAAAAAUCUUACUCAAUGUCUGAAUAAAUCAGACUGAAUUUUUACACUUAAUAACUGAUGAAAAUGACAUUAUCAAGUAUUGUAUCCUUAUUCUCAACUAAAUUGUCUUUGAUGAUGUGAAAUUGAGCCACCUACUCCCAUGGUGAGGUACUUCACUAAGUGAAGGCAAUUGAACAGUGUCAAAAGAGUUGGUUCUAGGCUCUUCCAACCAAAAUGUUAUGAAAAUAUUCCUGAUCAUAGCUGAGUUGAUCAAGUAGGAAGACAAACUAGUCAGCAAACUAUGCAAAUUAGAAUAAUGACUCCCUUUUUUAGCUUUGUGUUGAAGUUUGACUGAACUGAGUCUUUAAUAUUGGUCUAAUAUAUCUCAUAAGAGUGGAUUAUUAAAUAAAAUCUCAAUGUCCUUUAUUUAAAAGUCAGUUAUUUAACAUAUGUCAUUUCAGAAAGCUUAGAGGCAGGGACUGCUUUUUGACCCUCUGGGGGAAUGCCUUCUGCUGUGAGUCUGAUCAUCUCCAUCAGUGACAUUAUGAUGUUAAGAUGAUUCAGUUUUUAUAGUGGAUCCACUGACUUCCUCUCUUCAGCAGCUUCCUUCCAUGUCAAAGCUCAUCACCGUUAGAGGGAGGGAAAACUCAUGUUUCACCUAAGAGAUUGACUUCAAUUCUCAUUAUCAUAAUGGAUACUUCCCUCCCUGGUGAAAGGGCUAGGGUACAUUAGACAGUACAUUAGAAUCAUUUCUAUCCCAAAACUACAUGUUGUGGUAAAAAAAAAAUCAGUUAGAGCUAGCAGUUGUUUCCUGUUGUUUAUUGAGAUGGCAGUGACUUCAGGAAAUGCUUGGUAUUCAGACACUAUCAAAUUAUGCAUAUCUACGAUAUAAUGAAAAUUAUACAUUUCUUUUGACUCUAUGUUCUACUGACUUUGUGUACACCAGUGAUACUAUUUUGUACCCUAUUAUGGAAACUCCUGACUGACUUGCUACAGGAAUUUAUUUUUUCAAGUACUUAAAAAUGUUUCUGCCACUGUAACCAUACUUGUGGAUAUUAAAAAUGCUUCCUAAGGGUUAAAUCAUUGGAAAUAUUUGGUUUCUGUAUUGACUAAGGAAAUUUAAUUUUUGCAUUGACUAAUGAAAUAGGUCAACACUUCAUGGAAGUUAUUUUUAAUACCAGUAUGCUAAACAGUACUUGUCUAUAGCUUUCAAAAUUUGGUUCACACUAGGCUGAUCAUGUUUUUCAAUUAAAUCAAGAUAUUGCAGUGUGUAAUAUAGAAAUUUUGUAUGUACUAUCGACUUAUUGCUCAACUGCUUAGAAGUUAUGUGAAAACAUCUUAAAUUGGAGAUUUUAGGGUCAAAUUUGAAUGCAGUUGGGAGGUUUGUCACAAUUUUGACUUUAUUGAAAGUUUGUUCUAAAGAAAUCAUUGUUUCCAAAAAUGAAUUGGCAGGUGGAAAUUCUAACCCAAAAUAACCCUGGGUUUUAGCACAAUAAACUGUAUUUCAUCAGGGAGGAUUAACUUUGCUUUUUUUCACACUUUAUUUAAAUGUGGAUAUUUUUUCAUGAUAUAAAAUAAAAUGUGCAUUUUAUGGAA